AUGCGAUUUUCUUUUGACAAAAUCCCCGAUCUUUCUGGCAAGGUUGCAAUAGUGACAGGUGCAAAUACUGGUAUAGGAUUGGUAACAGCAAGAGAAUUAGCCCGUAAAAAUGCUCACGUAUUCGUUGCAAGUCGUAGUAAAGAUAAAGGCGAAUCAGCUGUAGGACUAAUAAAAGAAGAAACAAACAAAGAUGCAGUUGAAUUUUUACAAUUGGAUCUACAAAGCUUAAAUUCUGUUAAGGUUGCUGCUGAAACAUUUUUGACUAGAAAUUUACCAUUACAUAUUCUUGUUAAUAAUGCCGGUAUUAUGGCAACUCCAUUUGCGAAAACUGUAGAUGGUAUUCAAGACCAGUUUGGCGUUAAUCAUAUUGGCCAUUUUGUCUUCACACUUUUAUUGCUGCCAACCAUCAAAGCUUCGGCUCCAUCACGUAUUGUAAAUGUUAGCAGUCAUGCUCAUGAAAGAGCACCACCAGCUGGAAUAGAAUUUGAAAAGUUGAAUGAUCCAGAGGCUCAUACUUCUUUUCAAAGAUACAAUCAAUCAAAAAUCGCAAAUAUUUUAUUUACUCUUGAACUUAAUAAAAGACUUUCAGGAACAAAUGUUUAUUGUAAUAGCCUUCAUCCAGGUGUCAUAAAGACUGAGUUAACGCGUGGAGUGGUUACUGACUGGGGAUAUUGGAUAAAACCAAUUCUCUCUGUAGUCAGCCUUUUCUUUUUAACACCUGAUGAUGGUGCUUUAACUCAACUUUACUGUGCUACAAGUCCUGAAAUUGAGGAGAAAAAUCUCCGUGGAAAAUAUUUUGUACCAUUUGGUGAAGUAGGUGAACCUAUUACUCAAGCUAAAGACGAAGAAUUGGCAAAAAAAUUAUGGGAUUUUUCUGAAAAUUUCGUUAAAGAAAAGUUGGAUGAUGACAUUUUUAACAAGUGCUAUGCAUAA